AUGCGCGCCGCCCAAUUCCACGCCGCGGGCGACAUCCGCAUCGAAGACAUCCCGGCCCCAGAACCAAGCGACGACAGGGUCCUGGUCGAGGUCGAGUGGUGCGGGAUUUGCGGGAGUGAUUUGAAUGAGUUUAUUUACGGCCCCUUCGCAAUCCCCAACGCCAAAACAGGCCCGCACCCACUCACAAAUGCCCUUCUGCCUGUGACCAUGGGCCAUGAGUUUACGGGGCGCAUUGUGCAUGUGCCUGGCUCUGUCUCUGUAGCGAAUACAGGUAAAUAUAAAACUCUACGCAAAGGACAGGCCGUCAUCGUCGACCCGCGCAUCUACUGCUCCUCCUGCACGCCCUGCAGUCAGGCCGCAGCGACAAACAGCUGCGAGAAGCUCGGAUUUAUGGGUAUCUCAGGCGGUGGCGGCGGUCUUUCCGAGGUUGUUUCUGUGAGAGCGGAUCAUAUACAUGUUCUCUCCGACCCUGAAGCAUCAGACCGGAAUGGAACCCAAGAUGGUGAUGCUUCAGUAGACCUAGCAGCCGCCGCACUGAUCGAGCCACUGGCUGUUGCGUGGCACGCUCUGGAGAUUUUCCUCUCUAUCGCUGCUGCGCAGUUCUGUCUACCAGACAGAAACAGCACGGUUGAGUUAAGCGACGUGCCCGUCCUGGUUACAGGUGCUGGGCCGGUUGGUGUCGCCAUGGUCUUUGUGCUUAGGGCUCGCGGCGCGAAACAGAUCUUUGUGUCUGAGACAUCGGCGGCGAGGAGGGAGAUGAUCCAGGAGACUGGGAUUGUGAGUGGGAUAUUUGAUCCGAGUGUUGAUGAUGUUCCGAAGAGGUGCAGGGGUGAGACUGGGGAUGGGAAGGGGGUUGGUGUUGUCUUUGAUUGUGCGGGUGCGCAGGCUGGGUUCCAGGCUGGUUGCGAGAGCUUGAAGUUCCGGGGGGUUUAUGUGAACCUGGCGGUGCCUAAGGGAGCUCCGUUUACGCUUCCGCUGGGCCCGUUCCUGUGGAAGGACCUUAUAUACAAGUGUUCGUUGGCGUAUGAUGAACGGGAUUUCAAGGAGACGGUGGAUGCAUUUGUGUCUGGGCGCUUCAAAGGCGUGGAAAAGAUGAUAACCAAACGAGUUAUACUGGAGGAUAUAGUAGAGAAAGGGUUCAAAGAGCUGGUCAAGCCAAACGACCAUAUCAAGAUCCUUGCUACACCCAAGCACGCAAAUAUCAAAUAA